GCAGGAGGUUACUGCUUGCGGGGAAGACCAAGACGCCAGGCCCGCGGAUUAGUCCCCGCCCCGGGGCGGUGUCGCUGGAGCGUCAGGGGAGUCCCGCUCGCCGCAGCCCCAGCGCCGCGCGCGCCCCUCCCUCCUGGCGGACCUGGAGGUGCCGGCGCCCGGAGUGGCUCUUUAAAAGGCAGCUUAUUGUCCGGAGGGGGCGGGCGGGGGGCGCCGACCACGGCCUGAGGCCCGGCCCCUCCCCUCUCCCUCCCUCUGUCUCCGCGUCGCUCGCUGGCUCGCUCGUCGGCUCGCUCGCCCGUCCGGCGCACGCUCCGCCUCGGUCAGUUGGCUCCGCUGUCGGGUGCGCGGCGUGGAGCGGCAGCCGGUCUGGACGCUCGGCCGGGGCUGGGGGCUGGGAGCGCGGCGCGCAAGAUCUCCCCGCGCGAGAUCGGCCCCUGCCACCGGGCGAGGCCUGCGCCGCGAUGGCAGAGAUGGGCAGUAAAGGGGUGACGGCGGGAAAGAUCGCCAGCAACGUGCAGAAGAAGCUCACCCGCGCGCAGGAGAAGGUUCUCCAGAAGCUGGGGAAGGCAGAUGAGACCAAGGAUGAGCAGUUUGAGCAGUGCGUCCAGAAUUUCAACAAGCAGCUGACUGAGGGCACCCGGUUGCAGAAGGAUCUCCGGACCUACCUGACCUCCGUCAAAGCCAUGCACGAGGCUUCCAAGAAGCUGAAUGAGUGUCUGCAGGAGGUAUAUGAGCCCGAUUGGCCUGGCAGGGAUGAGGCAAACAAGAUCGCAGAGAACAACGACCUGCUGUGGAUGGAUUACCACCAGAAGCUGGUGGACCAGGCGCUGCUGACCAUGGACACGUACCUGGGCCAGUUCCCCGACAUCAAGUCACGCAUUGCCAAGCGGGGGCGCAAGCUGGUGGACUACGACAGUGCCCGGCACCACUACGAGUCCCUUCAAACCGCCAAAAAGAAGGAUGAAGCAAAAAUCGCCAAGGCCGAGGAGGAGCUCAUCAAAGCCCAGAAGGUGUUUGAGGAGAUGAAUGUGGAUCUGCAGGAGGAGCUGCCGUCCCUGUGGAACAGCCGCGUAGGUUUCUAUGUUAACACGUUCCAGAGCAUCGCGGGCCUGGAGGAAAACUUCCACAAGGAGAUGAGCAAGCUCAACCAGAACCUCAACGACGUGCUGGUCAGCCUGGAGAAGCAACACGGGAGCAACACCUUCACGGUCAAGGCCCAGCCCAGUGACAACGCGCCUGCAAAAGGGAACAAGAGCCCUUCGCCUCCAGAUGGCUCCCCUGCCGCCACCCCCGAGAUCAGAGUCAACCACGAGCCAGAGCCGGCCGGCGGGGCCACGCCCGGGGCCACCCUCCCCAAGUCCCCAUCUCAGCUCCGGAAAGGCCCACCAGUCCCUCCGCCUCCCAAACACACCCCGUCCAAGGAAGUCAAGCAGGAGCAGAUCCUCAGCCUGUUUGAGGACACGUUUGUCCCUGAGAUCAGCGUGACCACCCCCUCCCAGUUUGAGGCCCCGGGCCCUUUCUCGGAGCAGGCCAGUCUGCUGGACCUGGACUUUGACCCCCUCCCGCCCGUGACGAGCCCUGUGAAGGCACCCACGCCCUCCGGUCAGUCAAUUCCAUGGGACCUCUGGGAGCCCACAGAGAGUCCAGCCGGCAGCCUGCCUUCCGGGGAGCCCAGCGCUGCCGAGGGCACCUUUGCUGUGUCCUGGCCCAGCCAGACGGCCGAGCCGGGGCCUGCCCAACCAGCAGAGGCCUCGGAGGUGGCGGGUGGGACCCAACCUGCGGCUGGAGCCCAGGAGCCAGGGGAGACGGCGGCAAGUGAAGCAGCCUCCAGCUCUCUUCCUGCUGUCGUGGUGGAGACCUUCCCAGCAACUGUGAAUGGCACCGUGGAGGGCGGCAGUGGGGCCGGGCGCUUGGACCUGCCCCCAGGUUUCAUGUUCAAGGUACAGGCCCAGCACGACUACACGGCCACCGACACAGACGAGCUGCAGCUCAAGGCUGGUGACGUGGUGCUGGUGAUCCCCUUCCAGAACCCUGAAGAGCAGGAUGAAGGCUGGCUCAUGGGCGUGAAGGAGAGCGACUGGAACCAGCACAAGGAGCUGGAGAAGUGCCGCGGCGUCUUCCCUGAGAACUUCACUGAGAGGGUCCCAUGACGGCGGGGCCCAGGCAGCCUCCGGGCGUGUGAAGAACACCUCCUCCCGAAAAAUGUGUGGUUCUUUUUUUUGUUUUGUUUUCGUUUUUAAUCUUUUGAAGAGCAAAGGGAAAUCAAGAGGAGACUCCCAGGCAUAGGGGCGUUCUCCCAAAGAUUAGGUCGUUUUCCAAAGAGCCGCGUCCUGGCAAGUCCGGCGGAAUUCACCAGUGUUCCUGAAGCUGCUGUGUCCCCUAGUUGAGUUCCUGGCGCCCCUGCCCAUGCCCGCAUGUGUGCCUGGCCGCAGGGUGGGGCUGGGGGCUGCCGAGCCACCAUGCUUGCCUGAAGCUUCGGCCGCGCCACCCGGGCAAGGGUCCUCUUUUCCUGGCAGCUGCUGUGGGUGGGGCCCAGAUACCAGCCUAGCCUGGCUCUGCCCCGCAGACGGUCUGUGUGCUGUUUGAAAAUAAAUCUUAGUGUUCAAAACAAAAUGAAACCAAAAAAAAAAAAAUGAUAAAAAACUCUCAGAAAA